GAAGCCGAUAAUUUUGAUUUAGUAGAAAGGAAUUAUUGGAACUGGAAGGUUAAUAAGCCGUACAUUGUCUGCCACGUCUAUCGGUUACAAACCCCAACACAAUACCACAUGGAUCUCACCUGUCAUUUUUCGUUUUAUAUAUACCACCAGUCCUAUACACACACACCCCCCUAGGCCCCUAUCUCUAUUCUACAACAACACUUGUACGCCCAUCACUGAUCCUCACGUCUAGACAACAGCAUAUCCUCCACAGAAACACGACGGAGCUUAACCACUUACAACGGAAUUAGUAGCGAGGAAAAAUCAUGUCGCAAUUGCAAUCGCAAUCACACUGCUGCACGCAGUGUGGUUCCAAUGGCCAUGACUCUCGUUCUUGUUUAACGGCCGCAGAUGAUUCGUGUUCCGACGUCUCUGGCAUCGGCGCCGGGGAGAUCAUGUUGUUUGGCGUCAGAGUGAAGGUUGAUCCGAUGAGGAAAAGUGUGAGUAUGAAUAAUCUCUCGCAGUAUGAACACCCUGCCACUCGAGAAUCGUCUAAUAAUAACAUCGAUGUCUCCGCCGCCGUCGCUGUUGCUGCUGACACCGGCUACGCCUCCGCCGACGAUGCCGUUCGCAACCAGUCUAACGGUAGCAGGGAGCGGAAACGAGGAGUUCCAUGGACCGAGGAUGAACACAAGCUGUUCCUCCUAGGGCUGCAGAAAGUCGGCAAAGGAGACUGGAGAGGAAUCUCAAGGAAUUUCGUCAAGACUCGUACCCCUACACAAGUUGCCAGCCAUGCUCAGAAAUACUUCCUUCGCCGGAGCAACCUCAAUCGCCGCCGCCGUAGAUCUAGCCUAUUUGACAUCACUACAGAUUCGGUUGCUGUUAUGCAAACAGAAGAACAACAAGUUCAUGACGUCGAGAAAACUCAAGCGGUUGUGCAACCAUCCGUACCAUCUUCCUCCUUUCCGGUGACUGUAUCUCCAGCACCCUUUGAGAAUCAAGUCAACAACGGAUCAAUGCUACUCAUUCGCUCAAUCCCUGUCUUCCCAACUCCGAAUCCAUCAACAAUGGUGGAUCUUAAUCUAAAUCAGAAAUACGAAACCAGUCCAUUACCAGUAUCUUUAAAUCUUUCCCUAUCAUUCGAUCAUAACCAUAAUCAGUCAUCCUAUCAAGUGAUCUCAGGGUUCAACACGGGAGAUGGCAUGAUCAGUGUUGCUUGAACAACGAACAUCAUCUCAUCUGAAAGAGAAGGAAAAAUAAUAAUAAUAAUAAUAAUAACAAUAAUAAUAGAGAGUGUCAAUCACGUAAUUAGUUAUUGACUUAUAUAAUUAAUUAAUCUCUGUUUUAAUUUUUAUCAUGUUGUUGUAUGGUUACGUCUCUCAUAUAUAUAUACAUAUGUGUUUUGUAAUUGGAAAGAAAAUGAACGAAAUACACCACUAGUUCCAUUUUGUUUGUUGUGGAAAUUAGUGGGAUUUGAUUUGAAUGAUGUGAGUGGGAUUUGAUCUAAUGGAUGGUUUGUAGGGCAUGGGGCCAAAAUGCGAAAUAUCUAGAAUUCGAGAUCACAUCACAUGUGGUGAGUCAAUUGAUGAUAAAUGGAAGCAAUAAUAAGAAGAAGAAUAAUAUUAUGGUGGUUUUAAGUGUUUUAUUUAUGUUUUAGGGAUAAUGGGAGUAUUAAAUUAGAUGUGAUAUUUUUUGGGGGAUUGUGCACAUGUGGUGAUUCCUGAUUGUGUGGUUGUAAGAAAAGAUGGUGGGGGUGG